AGUCCGUAAAGUGCAGUUCACAGCCACAUUAAUUUAAUCACAUUGUUACAAUUUUAAACACGAGGAUUUUAUACAUUCUUAUUUUCAAGCUUUUGUUUAUUUAAUCUUUUGUCAACAUGUACCCCGUUGGCCAACCUCCAGCGGGGGAGACGAGUGCUGGUGCCGUGAGUGUUUCUGGGGCUAUAAGCGCAGCGGCGGGCACCACUGGGGCUGCCCCGGGCGUACCGACUACUGCACCGGCGUCAGGGGGCUCUCCACCCGGCGUUACGAGUGGAACGCUCGUGUCCCCCGCGGCAGCACCCCCGCCAGACCUGCCUGUGCUCACAUGCCCUCGCCGUCCCAACCUUGGACAUGAGGGCCGACCAAUUAUGCUCCGUGCAAACCAUUUCCAAAUAUCAAUGCCAAGAGGAUUUGUACAUCAUUAUGAUGUCAAUAUACAGCCUGAUAAGUGCCCUCGCAAGGUGAAUAGAGAAAUUGUGGAAACUAUGGUAAAUAGCUACAAUAAAAUAUUUGGUGCUCUAAAACCUGUGUUCGAUGGUAGAAACAAUUUGUAUACAAGAGACCCCCUGCCUAUUGGCAAUGACAGAGUUGAGCUUGAAGUGAUUUUGCCUGGUGAAGGAAAGGAUAGAGUGUUCCGCGUCACAAUUAAAUGGGUUGCUCAGGUGUCACUAUUUGCACUAGAGGAAGCAUUAGAAGGUCGCACAAGACAGAUUCCGUAUGAUGCUAUUCUGGCUCUUGAUGUAGUCAUGAGACAUUUGCCCUCAAUGAUGUAUACUCCGGUUGGAAGAUCAUUCUUUUCAUCUCCUGAAGGAUACUACCAUCCUCUUGGUGGGGGCAGAGAAGUGUGGUUUGGAUUCCACCAAUCUGUGAGGCCAAGUCAAUGGAAAAUGAUGCUUAAUAUUGAUGUGUCUGCGACUGCAUUUUACAAAGCACAACCUGUUAUAGAAUUUAUGUGUGAAGUGUUAGAUAUAAGGGACAUUAAUGAACAAAGAAAACCACUGACAGACUCACAAAGAGUGAAAUUUACCAAAGAAAUCAAGGGGCUCAAGAUUGAAAUCACACAUUGUGGUACAAUGAAACGAAAGUACAGGGUGUGUAAUGUAACCCGUAGACCAGCACAGAUGCAAUCUUUUCCCCUCCAAUUGGAAAAUGGACAAACAGUGGAAUGUACUGUAGCUAAAUAUUUUUUGGAUAAGUAUAAAAUGAAACUGAGAUACCCUCACCUGCCGUGCCUUCAAGUGGGGCAGGAGCACAAACACACAUAUCUGCCUCUGGAAGUAUGUAACAUUGUACCUGGACAAAGAUGCAUUAAGAAACUGACAGAUAUGCAGACAUCGACUAUGAUCAAAGCUACCGCGAGAUCAGCCCCAGACAGGGAGCGUGAGAUCAACAACUUGGUGCGGCGCGCAAAUUUCAACACAGACCUGUACGUAAAAGAGUUCGGGCUCACCAUCUCCAACAACAUGAUGGAGGUGCGAGGUCGAGUACUGCCACCACCCAAGCUUCAGUACGGCGGCCGCGUCUCAUCGCUAGGCGGACAACAGGCUUUGCCGAACCAAGGCGUGUGGGAUAUGCGAGGGAAGCAAUUCUUCAUGGGCGUCGAAAUCAGAGUCUGGGCGAUAGCGUGCUUCGCGCCUCAACGGACCGUCAGAGAGGAUGCAUUGAAGAACUUUACGCAACAGCUGCAGAAGAUAUCGAAUGACGCGGGAAUGCCGAUCAUAGGGCAGCCUUGCUUCUGCAAGUACGCCACAGGGCCGGAUCAGGUGGAGCCCAUGUUCAAAUACCUCAAGUCAACGUUCGUGCAGUUGCAACUAGUCGUCGUUGUACUGCCCGGCAAGACGCCUGUUUACGCCGAAGUUAAACGAGUGGGCGACACCGUACUCGGUAUGGCGACGCAGUGCGUGCAAGCGAAGAACGUCAACAAAACAUCACCGCAAACGCUCAGCAAUUUGUGCCUCAAAAUCAAUGUCAAGCUAGGAGGUAUCAAUUCAAUUCUGGUGCCAUCUCUGCGUCCCAAGGUGUUCAACGAGCCGGUAAUAUUCUUGGGGGUUGAUGUAACGCAUCCGCCGGCGGGCGACAAUAAGAAGCCUUCUAUAGCCGCUGUGGUAGGCUCCAUGGACGCACAUCCGUCACGAUACGCCGCCACAGUGCGUGUCCAGCAACACAGGAUGAAUGCGAGUGACAUUGGUGGUUGCAGACAGGAGAUCGUCCAUGAGAUGAGCAGUAUGGUGCAGGAGCUGCUGAUCAUGUUCUACAAGAGCACGGGCGGGUUCAAGCCGCACCGCAUUAUCAUGUACCGCGACGGUAUCUCCGAGGGACAGUUCAUACAUGUGCUACAGCACGAACUGACCGCUGUGCGGGAGGCCUGCAUUAAGCUGGAAGCAGAGUACAAGCCGGGUAUCACGUUCAUAGUGGUGCAGAAGCGUCACCACACGCGACUGUUCUGUGCCGACAAGAAAGAGCAGUCUGGCAAAUCUGGCAAUAUUCCUGCUGGCACCACCGUCGAUCUUGGAAUCACGCACCCCACAGAGUUCGACUUCUAUCUGUGCAGCCACCAGGGUAUUCAGGGAACCUCCCGUCCGUCCCACUACCACGUGCUGUGGGACGACAACCACUUUGGCUCCGAUGAGCUGCAGUGCCUAACGUACCAGCUAUGUCACACGUACGUGCGCUGUACGCGCUCGGUAUCCAUCCCCGCCCCCGCGUACUACGCCCACCUGGUUGCGUUCCGCGCGCGGUACCACCUCGUCGAGAAGGAGCACGACUCCGGCGAAGGCAGUCACCAGUCCGGUUGCAGCGAGGACCGCACGCCCGGCGCUAUGGCGCGCGCCAUUACGGUCCACGCGGUCACCAAAAAGGUUAUGUACUUCGCCUAAGACUAGAAUAACGUUUGGCCGGUCUCGUCAAAUUCUAAUUAAUGUUCACUCUAUGUAUGUUGUAUAAAAAUAAAUACCGAUAAGCAAUCAGAGCUCGAUGUGUGGGCGAUAAGUGGAGUGUGUUUUGUGAAAUGUAAACUUGCUUUUUCUAGUUUAAUAGAUGGUCGUAAUUAUUAUUGCUUGACUGAAACCAAAAGUGAGCUAGUUCUGAAGGGAUACAAUGAAAAAAGUUAUAAUUGUUAUCAUAAUUUUACGUAGAUUGUUCUUGUUUUUUAACGAUAAAUAAAUGAAUUUCCGCUUUUAUGUAUCGUGAAAAUCUGUAAAUAAUAAAAAUUGAAUUAUUUGGCGUGAUCGACCAAUCUGUGUAAAACGUUGCUUCGAGACAAUAUAUACCUGGUUAUAUACUGUGUAAAACACAUUCGGAACCAUAUGAGUCUACUGUUAUCGGAUAAUUGUAUUCAUUUGGAUCUCAUCCUUAUUAGCAUUGUUUGCGUUGUAGUGUACAGUGUCAUACUCCGUAUGAAGGUUCGUGCAAGACAUAGGGUAGCUUUUCUCGAAUGGUUGCUACAAACGGAGAGGGGCGGUAUAUCUAUUUGUCAUUAGCGGUUACGUGGCGAUUAUCUCCAUAAAACUAAUGAUUCAAAAAAGUCCGUUAAAAAAAUUACGCUAAGAUGUUUAUGUAGACUGUCGAUCGCUAUCGAAUUCGUAAAUAUACCCCAUGAUAGAGUUACGAGUGAACAUGACAGUAAGUUGUAUAGACGUUUGAAAAUACAGUUCAUAUUUAUUAUUGUACCGUAAGUUGUCCAAGAUUGUGCACAUCAAUGUAUUUAAAAAACAUUUUUAUGUAUAUAGAAGAGAAGAUCACACGAGAAAAUGAUUAAAUUUUAUAGACAAUUUUUAAAGUAGGGUGGUUGUGAUCGCUUAGUUGUUUUAAAGUUUUAAAUCCCUCAAAGUGGGGUAGGGGGUAUCUGGAGACAGCCUGUGUUGAAGUCCUAUCGCUCAGUGAGGCAGAAGGUUUCAUUUGAGUCGCGUCGAAUUAAAUUCAGUGGUCGACUGCCAUGGCCCAACAGUUUAGGCAGACCAGCUUUAUCUCUUGUGAGGCAAUUUGAGUGCGUAUACUGUUUCCAAAGUAUACGUGAAGUUGCUUUCGCGUAUGGGAAUCAUUAUGGAGUCAGAAGUUCUAAACUAUUGGUUUCGAUUUUUUAUUUAAAGACUUUAAAGUACUAGCUAUAGUUUGGUGCACUUCGAGUUUUAAUGUAACGACGUUUUUUGCUGCCGUAUCGAAACCGUCUUUUUGAUUGCGAGCUUAUUCAUCUCAUAACGAGGGUACUGAUCCUCCCUGUGUUAGUAAACUGCUUCACCUUAACGGGGCACAGGUUGUCUACAGUCACCCUUCUGUGAAUAAGUUAUAUUUAUGUCCCCCAAUGGGACUUUGAACUAAGAUGUCCAACUGCUUUUAUGUUAUUACGAUAUAAUGGCCUUCGCACACCAUAUCGACUCAGCACCAAUAUCGGAAUGUACAGCAUUGCAAUUUGAGUUUUAUGCUAUUCGACUUAAAGCAAACUUUUCAAUAUUUUUGUGUCAGUAAUAAGACAAGUUGCCAACGCGUCGCAAACCUUAUACAACAUUUAAUGUCACAUGACGUUAAAGCUCGUCGUAUGCUUUAGUUUAAUCUGGUUGCUGUUGAGUCGAUAAUGGUGUGCGGGGGCAGUUAAUAAUAUGGUAAAAGUGAAAAGUAAUGACAGCGAUGACCUCGAAUCAAUCUCGUUUAUUCUAUAUAUUAUAUAUAAUGGCCAUAUACAUAACCGAUGUUAAGAAACGAUAUAGUAAAAGCCUUUCUAACUAAAUAAGAUAAUACGAGAUAUUCCUUUUGUUUGACAGUCAAAAUUUUUUGAUUGUGUUUGCGAAUAUGAAGGCACUUUUAAAUUAAAUUCAGUGUUAUUUUAUUCGGUAUAAUUGAAAUAAUGUAAUUAAGAAAUGUGUUAAAAUACCGAUUACGUGUCAUCUAUAUCCGAGUAUAGCUAUUGUAGUGUUAUUUAAAUAGGUCUGUAUAAAAUGUGAAGCCUGUGAACUGUAAUAUAACUUUAAUAGUUAGAUUUACAGAUAUCGAAAGUCCCCAAAUGCACUUUUUUUUUAAAGUGUUAAUGCUGUGCGUAGUUUAACGACUUGCUUAGUUUUGUACUAAUCUCCUUAACGAUUAAAAUUAGAUGUAUCUGACUCACUCCCCAAGGAAAGCUAAUUUUCCUUAGACACUGAAAGAAUAUAUUUUAUAUCCUGAGAUGGAUUUUACCAACGUUUGUUUUUAAUAGAUGUUAAAUUAUGUAAGUUAUGUACAUGGUGUUUGCGUUAGAAUGAUUUGGUCUAAUGACUUGUUAAUAAGAUAAUAAUUUUAGAGCUUGCUAUGAUCGGAACACAGUAUUUGGAAUUUCGCUGCGAAACGUGCCUUUGUGUCGGCUUGUUUAUGUACUGUGUCAAAUUUAUAUAACUAUUAGGCGAGGUACUGGUUAUUUACUAAACAUCAGAAUUACUCAUGAGGCUAUGCAGGUAAACACGGUGUUGGUGAUGGUCAUUAGUUUGACAGGCUAGACGGCAUCAAACUAGCAGCUGGACAUAAGCCAUUUAUGAUGACAUCAUCCAACAACAUCCGUGCAAAAAUAUCUAUCAGGAACUAAUGUCUUGGUUGAGACGAUAAUUGGUUAGAAGUGCUUAAAAGUGUUGUGUCCUUAAAACGUAUCUCCAGUGUGUUAAUCAAAUAAACUCUAUAAAUGCAAGUAACUUAAGUAAAGGCAAUAAAACUUGUGUAUUUUUACUAAAUACUUUUCUUGUAAUGUAUACAAUUUUUAUCUAUUUCAAUAUGACAGUUGAGCCCAUUGGGGCAGUCUGAAAACUUUCCAGUUGCAAAAAUGGCUAUUUCGUUACUCUUUAAAAGUUA